UAUCACAAAUGAACAAUAUCUAAAGAUUAAAAAGGUCAAUUCAAUUCAGCAACUAAAAUACAUUGUGUUUUUUGUUUUUUGGUUGAUAUAGUAUUACUGAUCAAUUCAAUCUUAUCAACCUUUUUUUUAUUCAUCACCAUCAUCAUCAACAUUGUGUUUUUGUUAUUAUUCUUAUUCUUAUUUUACACUAUAGUCAUUUAUUCUUAAAGAUUCAUCAAAGUUCAAUUUUAGUGCCCAGAAAAAAAUUUGUUUCAAACUCAAAUAAUAAUAAUAAUAAUAAUAAUGGCUGGUAAUAAAGUUGAAAUGAAUAGUUUUGAUGGUAAUACGGCGAUGGGUAUUUCAUCAACUACAAUGGGUGUUGGCGGUGGUAUUCAUCAGGCAAAUAAUGCAACAACAACCAUUGGUGGUGGUCGUAUUGCGUCCGCUUCUGGUCAACCGGCUGCAAUAUCUGGUGGCGGUGGUGGUGUUGCCACCGAAGUUAAAUUAACCAAUACAAAAAAUAUACCCGAACGUGGCCAAUGGUCCGGACAAUUGGAUUUUUUAAUGUCUUGUAUUGGUUAUGCAAUCGGUUUAGGAAAUGUAUGGCGUUUUCCAUAUCUAUGCUAUAAAAAUGGUGGUGGUGCAUUUUUAGUACCAUAUCUAUGUUGUCUAGUGUUUGCCGGUGUACCGGCAUUUUUUCUCGAAGCAUCACUUGGUCAAUGGCUUGGUAUCGGUGGUUUAGGUGUUUGGCGUAUUUGUCCUGUGUUCAAAGGUGUUGGUUAUGCUGCAGCUGUAAUGGCAUUCUGGUUAAAUGUUUAUUAUAUUGUUGUAUUAGCAUGGGCUUUAUAUUAUUUUUCACAAGCAAUCGCUGUUGAUGUUCCCUGGAAAGGUUGUAAUAAUUGGUGGAAUACUGAAAGUUGUCGUUCAGAAUAUGAUCUAGCUGAUGAAGAACGUCGUUGUUAUAUUGAACGUGGUGCACAAGAUUUUACCUGUAAAAUGAAUACAUCAUUAUUUACAAGUCCAGUUAAAGAAUAUUGGGAAAAUAAUGUACUACAAAUAACAACUGGAAUGGAUGAUUUUGGUGGUGUACGUUGGCCAUUAGCACUAACAUUGUUUAUAACAUGGGCUGCUUGUUAUUUUGCCAUUUUUAAAGGUGUAAAAUGGACCGGAAAAUUGGUAUAUUUUACAUCAGUAUUUCCAUAUGUAUGUUUAUUCAUAUUAUUAUUACGUGGUAUAACGCUUGAUGGAGCAUGGGAAGGAAUACGUUAUUAUUUAACUCCAAAUUUAUCAAAAUUAACCGAUGCAGGCGUUUGGAAUGAUGCUGCAACACAGAUUUUCUUUUCAUAUGGUCUUGGUUUAGGUGCUUGGAUUGCAUUAGGCAGCUAUAAUCGUUAUCAUAAUAAUGUUCAUAGAGAUGCACUUAUUAUAUCAUGCGUCAAUAGUGGUACAUCAAUGUUUGCCGGUUUUGUCGUAUUCAGUAUUAUUGGAUUUAUGGCUAAAGCACAGAAUAAACCAGUUGAAGAUGUAGCUACUUCAGGUUCUGGUCUAGUAUUUUUAGCCUAUCCAUCAGCUACACUAAAAUUACCAUUUUCACCAUUAUGGUCAAUGUUAUUCUUUAUGAUGAUUGUUAUGUUAGGCCUCGAUAGUCAGUUCUGUACAAUGGAAGGAUUUUUUACGGCAAUCAUCGAUGAAUGGGCACAUAUAUUACGUCCACAUAAAGAAUUAUUCAUUAUGUUUGUUUGUAUGAUAUCAUAUUUGAUUGGUAUUAUAUUUGUUGUCAAAGGUGGAAUGUAUUGGUUUCAAUUAUUUGAUUAUUAUGCUGCAUCGGGUUUCGCUUUAUUGUUUCUCAUAUUUUUCGAAGUUGUCGCCAUAUCAUGGUCAUACGGCGUAAAUCGUUAUUAUGGAAAUUUAAAUCAAAUGUUGAAAUUUCCGAUACCAAUCUGGUGGAAAUUAUGUUGGUUUUUUUUCACACCAUCUGUUUGCUUUCUGGUAUUUUGCUUCAGUCUUUAUCAAUAUAAGCCUUUAAAAUAUAUGAAUUAUGAAUAUCCAUGGUGGGGACAGGCCAUUGGUUGGUUUCUUGCAUUAUCAUCAAUGGUUUGUAUACCAGGCUAUGCUAUUUAUCUGUACAUUGUUACACCAGGUACUUUUAGCGAGCGUAUGAAAGCAUUAUUUCGGCCAGAUAUACCUGAAGUUGAAGAAGAAAUACGUCGUCGAUCACAAGAUGAUAUUGAUACAUCUGUUACACAGGUUUAAAAAUAAAA